AUGGGCGAAGGCAGGGCUCGGUUCUGUUUUGGUUGGACUCGGGCUCGCUGUCAAGAACAAGACAAAAGUGUGUCGGACCCUGGGAGGGAACCAGAAACGCGAGAGAGAUGGGCCGAACUGUUCGACCAACUGGACCUCAAUAAAGACGGUAAAGUCGACAUCAACGAGUUGAGGAUAGGACUCGCUGCCCGCGGUUUACUUCGCAGUGACGCGGAGGAGAUAGUGCGUGAGAGUGACACCAACCAUGAUGGCUUGCUGGACUUUGAGGAGUUCUCUCAGUACCUGUGGGCCCACGAGAAGGAACUGCGGCUCAUGUUCCACACACUGGACCACAACCAUGACGGGCGCAUUGAUGUCGGGGAGAUUCAACAAUCGCUGCACAACCUGGGACUGGAGGUGUCCACAGAACACGCCAUCAAAAUACUACAGAGUAUGGACAGGGACGGCACCAUGACUAUCAACUGGAAUGAGUGGCGAGAUCACUUCCUGUUUAACCCUCUUCACAACAUGGAGGGCAUCGCUCACUACUGGAAACACUCUCUGAUGUUUGACAUCGGAGAGCACAUGACAGUCCCGCCAGAGUUUUCCCAACAAGAGCGCCAGUCGGGGGUAGUGUGGAGGCAGCUGGUUGCCGGGGCGAUGGCAGGGGCGGUGUCACGUACAGGAACCGCCCCCCUCGACCGUCUCAAGGUCUUCCUACAGGUGCAUGGCUCCAGCUCUAGGGGGAUCAAGCUGUGGACAGGGCUGAGGGGGAUGGUCCAGGAGGGGGGUGUACGAGCCCUCUGGAGGGGCAAUGGCAUCAACGUCCUCAAAAUAGCCCCAGAGUCUGCCAUCAAGUUCAUGGCCUACGAACAGAUCAAGUGGUUGAUCCGGGGCAGAAAUGAAGCGGGUACUCUGCGGGUGCAGGAGAGGUUCAUCGCUGGCUCUCUGGCUGGAGCCACCGCACAGACCAUCAUCUACCCUAUGGAGGUGCUGAAGACUCGUCUUACCCUGAGGAAGACUGGCCAGUACUCUGGCAUUGUAGACUGUGCCCAUCAGAUCCUGAGGAAGGAGGGGAUGCGAGCCUUCUACAGGGGCUACGUGCCCAACACACUUGGCAUCAUACCGUAUGCUGGCAUAGACCUGGCCGUCUAUGAGACUCUGAAGAAUGCCUGGCUCCAGCGGUACAGUAAGGGCUCUGCUGACCCGGGGGUGUUGGUACUGCUGGGCUGUGGUACUGUGUCUAGUACCUGUGGACAACUGGCCUCCUACCCCCUGGCUCUCAUUAGAACACGUAUGCAGGCCCAGGCCUCCACUGAGGGGGGGCCCAAGCUGUCCAUGGUCGGUCAGUUCAAGCACAUCAUAUCACAUGACGGGGUACCUGGGCUCUACCGCGGCAUCGCCCCCAACUUCCUGAAGGUCAUUCCUGCUGUCAGCAUCUCGUACGUGGUAUACGAACACAUGAAGAAGGCUCUGGGUGUGAAAUCGUAG